AUGGAACAGGCUAUGCUCGUCAACAACCGCAGGCCCCAAAAUGUUGUGGAUGGGGUGCCUAGGAGCAGCAUGAGUCGGGCAUUGGGCGAGAGUGCUUUCAUAGAUGUUCGGAAAGAGGCCCCGUUGCCUAAUAACAACAGACUCCAUUAUGGUAGCCAGCCGGGACCAUACUACCCUCCACCAAACUACCAGGGAUACCAGAAACCUCAUCCGGGAGCAUAUCAAGUUCCAUAUCAGCGACACGAUAUGUCCAUGCCCAUGCAACCUCAAGUAGACUAUUAUGGCCGGCCGGCUAAUAUGGCUCCUCCGAAGGUGUUUGGCGAGGGAGCGUCACAUUCGAGAAGAAGCUCGCUUGUGUCGAACUCUUCCAGCUCAGUGAACAAGUUUUUCAAGCGAGGAAUGAAGUUCGGAAAAGAUGAUGACGAUGACGAUGGAAAUGGAGACGCGGACGGAGACGUGGAAGUCGAAGCCUCGGCGAGCACCGUCUCUUUUGAUGACCUGCAGCAUAUAAGAGGGGGUGGAAGAUACGGCAACGGCUCAUCUGCUUUAGACACUCAGCCUUAUAUCCCCACGUUAUCCAGCAGACCAAGAGCUCCCAACGGCCAAUUGUCAAAUGUGCAGUACCGUAAGCAAAUGACCGCACAGAAGAAAAUGGUAGCUGCACAGUUGGCAAAUGCAAACAAGGGUCCUCCGCGGGCAAUGAGUCUGGAGGCAGGCAUGAUGCGGUACCCGAGAACGAUGUCCAUGCAAUCAGCAGGUCCAGGAUACAUGGGUCCUGGCCCCAGAAUGGGAUAUGAUCCAAGGGCAAUGUCCAUGCAGACGAGGCCUCCACCAUUUAAUAACCAAUUUGGUGGCCCUGAUCCAAGCAACGGCAAUCCUCCGAAAGCCAUGUCGAUGACCUCGAGAUUUUCAAACUCGCCGUACAGAGCUCCACAAGGCAUCGCUCCUCAGCCCACAAAUUACAACGGAAAGGUGGGUCCAAAUCCAGCUGCUCCAAAUGUUGGCCUCGAGUAUCCUCAAAGCAGCCAGAACAUGCAUAUUCCACCUCAGAUGAUGCGUCCAGGUCCAGGAGGCCCACUAGGGCAACAACGCGCCCCAAGUCCUUACUCGCAACAGCCUCCGACACUGAGACACCCUCAGCCAGUCGCCCAACAAAAUAUACCCCAGCAAGAACAUCCUAUGACGCUCAACUACAGCAUGCCCGGACCGAUGCAGCCUAUCGGCGCUUUCGAAUCGCAAACCUUGCCAGCCUUCUCAGGCGCAGCGCAAGCCAUCCCACCAGUUGAUCAAAAUGCAACGUAUAUUCCAAUGCAAAAUAGGCAAUCUGCACAGCAAUAUACUGCAGCCGAACCUCAAAUUCAAGAGAAAGCAUUGGAAGGAGAUACAUCGUCUCGUCCUAUCGGUUCCAUAAACCGUGCAAGUAAUUCACAUAUCCAACAAUCACAACAUGAGUAUGAAGGUACGCCUGCAGAAGUUGUUUCAAAUUCACAGGAGGAAGGAGAGGUCAGGCCGACCAGUGAGACUACUCAGGUUCAAGCAACAACUUUUGAAUACUUGCCAAGCGACGCACCUGCUCCAGAACCGUUCCAGCCUGCGAAAAAGAACAACAGAGGAAAGCUCAAUAGAUAUGUGUUUGCUGACAGUGACGAUGAACAUGACGAGGGUCCAGUUUAUCAAGAAACAGAACUUAUCAAAGAGCUGCCAAGCGGCCAAGAACCACUAGAGAAAAAGAACGCGAAGGAGGAGCCAGUCGGAGUAGACACGGCAAAGCUUCUUGAAACACCGUCGUCUCAACGCCAUUCCAAUGAUUCCCGGACCUAUGUUGACGCUGGUGCUCGGUCGUCAUUGAGAUCGGUUUUCUCAACUUCUACGCAUAAUCGUAGUGAGCAUGAUAGGGAAACAAGACAAGCGUCGUAUCAUUCUGAGAAAGCUGGAUCAACAUCAGGAGGUGAGCCGGAUUCGUCUAUGUACUCGGUGACAUCGUCGCAUGAGAGUCCCGAAAAGCAACGCGUUGCUAGUUCUCAGGUGUAUCAGCUUGCUAAUACCAGCAAAACCCAGCAAGAUGUUUUCACAACCGCUACAGAACUGCCAAUUGAUGAGAAUGAACAAGACCUGGAACAACCAAAGGUCAUUAAUGAUAUGGAUGAUUACGAUACAAGCAAGAACAAUUCGUAUUCAACUCUCAAUGAUUUUGAAGCCCCUCAAAAUGUGAUGGAGCAGGGUGACAGCUCUUCUUUCGAUUCAAUUUCGAAAACUCCGGACCACACAGUAAUCACUGAUGAUGACACUGAAAACAAGGUGAAGGACCAAGGAUUCAAUUCUGUUAGGUCAGAUUUCAUUCCAAAAGAAAACUUCUCCGAAAUCAGGGAUCUCGACAAUGACUCAGUCCGAACUACAAGCGCUUUAAUGAGUGCGGACAAACUUAACUCUGCCAGUAGUUCAGAUACCAUCAGUCCGGUUAUGAAAGACAUUUCAACCGAGGACAAUAAGGCACCAGAUGGCGAAGAUAGAUCCGAUGAUAGUUCAUAUUCAACGCAAGAUCGAAUUGUUCCGCCAAGAGAUCCUGGUGGUCACAAAGAAGACCCCGGUUUAAUGUAUGGAUAUGAGACGCAAAAAUCAACGGUUGCCGAGAUUCCGCAUGUUCCAGAAGACCCUGUGCCCCUUGCCAAAGCACAAGAGGAAAUCGAAGUCCAUCAAGAGCAUUCUGUUCCCACGGUUAGACAUUACAAAUCAAUGCUGUUGCCUGUUGAGAAUGAAGAGUAUUCGAAAAAGCGACAACCUACGGAGCACAGGAGUGAGGAGAAAAAAGAUGGUAGCGACUUGGGCCUCACGUCCAACAAUUCAUCAGCGUCGUCAAAGGUUCGCUCAAGAAAGCCACCUCCUCAACCACCCGCAGCCAACAAAUCCCCGGAGCUUGAGACAACAAAAAAAUCGCCAUUUAUGGGAUUCAGAGAAGCAUUCUCAAGACCAGUUUCUGCUGGAAACAGCCCAAAGCUGCCUAAUGCUAAGCACUUCCUGAAGAAGAUUUCCCGAAGGAAGCGCGAUGAGGACGGCCAUACGAAUGCUUCGAAUCAGGGUGAUAACUCAUACAAAGUAAUAGGUUCUUCAACGACCUCUGUUCAAAAUAGCGGUUAUGCUCACAAUUACCAUGGACUCACAAUUAAUCUACCUUCAAAAGAUUCUGAUUCCACUUUCAAGAACAAGAAGCUGCCUAAAACUCCUAUCACUCCUUCGGAUUCGCUCAUGAACUAUAGAUUGACAUUAAACUUGGCUAAUGAGGAGAAUGACUACAGGUUGAGUAGAAUUAUUGACAUGGAUCUUGAUGAGCAGAGUUUCACUCAAAAUACGAGUUUGGAUGACAUCAAUGGAUUCAACACCAGUACUGAUUUUGAAAAGGCCACCCCUCUUGCGAACUCAAGCAUGACCGUGGAUGUCGAAGAGGAGCAGGCAUUUGUCAAACAAACUCGACCUAGUGGACCUUCGGGUACGGAGCAGAUGAAUGGGAAAUUGGCAACGCCUCCUCGGAGUAAGGAAGAGGAGGAUUUCAACUUCACAUCUCCAGAAUCAGGAAAAACAGGAAAGAUUUCUUUGGGAGAAUAUCCUGAACUUGCCACUUAUCAGCAUAUGACGAGCAACGAGAGCCAGCAUCAGGAUCAACCAUCGAAUAUCAAAUCGUCUCAGUAUGCUUACCAGGCUGCCAAGGAGAGAUCACUAGCGCCCCCUAGCUCAAAUCUUGACGCAAGAGAUAGGCAGAUGACGCCUGUUUCACAGCAAACAGAUCAAUCGACAAGCCAAACUGCAGUCUUCAAACCAGAACAAUUGGAGCUUUUUAAUUCGAAUCAGGAAUUGUUCAACGAGCUUCAAAUUGUUUCCAGCGAGCUGGCCGAUAGCAUAUCCAGAGAGAUCAGACUUCAGCGCAAAUUGGAAGUGAACAAUAUCCCGAUUGAGGGAGACGUGGUGUCCGAAGAGUCAAAGAUUGCAAGUCUUACGCAGCAACUGGCGGAUGAAAGACGCAAGAGGUUUGCUGUGGAGGAGUUCCUUGCCCAGCAGUAUAAUAAAGGAUUCGAUGUUGCGGAUCUCAAGAAUAAGGUGUACAAUAACUCAGACAUGGGCUACAAAGUGUUCAAGCUGACUGAAGAAAACAAUUUGAACAAAUCGAAGUACGAAAUGAUGGAGCAAGAAAAUAGCGAGCUCAAAAAGAGGCUAGAAAAGUUGAGCAGUGAAAACAAGGAGUUAAUUGGCACGACCAUUCCGAAAUUGAAAAACCAGCUGGAGGUGGCUGAGAAUUCAGUUUCUGCGGCUACUUACGACUCCCUUUUGAAAGAGAUUGAGCAGCUCAAGUCUGAAAAGUUGCAUUUGAGGAGCCAACUGAGCUCGAAGGGCAACAUUGCAGAGCUUGAGUCUCAGAAAGAAGAGUUGCGUGAGGCCCUCAAGAACGUGAAAGCUCAAAAAGAGAUGGAUCUAAGAAUAUGCGCAGAGAGAAUUCGUACCUUGGAGGCCAAGGUCGAGAAGCUAACUUUGACAAACGAACGGUAUAUUCAAAGAUACGGACAGAUUGCGGCUGAUGAGUGA